UUUAAAUAAUAUUCGUAAUCUAAAAAGCAUAUUAUUUAAGUUAUUCUAGUAUACACCUGUCCAUAAUUUUAUAAAAUGUUUUAAAAAUGUUUUGCAAGACGUCCAUAUGGCUCCUCAUAUUUAGCUCAUAUAUUAUAGAAAUAAAUGGUGACCAAAACAAUUACAAAAACAGUGUUCAAUGGAGUUCCAUAGGUCGAGACGUGAUAGCAGGAAUCCGAGAUGAGUUGAGCAAAAUUUCUUCUAAUUUAGAUCGCAACAAAAUAUUCUCUGGUGGAACCACGGAGGGAUUUUUGAGUAAAAUACGGCUGAUUUUCCCAGGCACUCUUUGGUGCGGUGACGGAAACAUUGCCGACUCUAGCAAGGAGCUGGGUAAAUUGAAAUCUACUGACUCUUGUUGCAGAGCCCACGACAUGUGUCCAGACGAUAUACCAGCUGGACAGUCGAAACAUGGAUUGGUUAACAAUGGAUUAUUUACGCGGUCGCAUUGUGAUUGUGAUCAGGAAUUUUACAAUUGCCUCAAAAAUGUCAACACUGUUGUCUCUAAUGGAAUAGGAUUCACGUACUUUACAGUUUUGGGGCCCCAAUGCUUCAGGCAAGAUUAUCCUAUAAUCGGUUGCCUAAAAAAAGAUAUCAGAGGCAGGUGCUUGGAAUACAAAACAAACGAAACUCAGGAGAAAAUUUAUGAAUGGUUUGAUAAUCCACAAUAUGUAUGACUUUGAAGAAUAAAUUAGAGAAUAAAUCGCUCAUACUUA